CUUUUUGAAAAAAAAAAAAAAAACCAAUAUGAAUAUUACAUUAGCAGAAAUUGUAUCAAAAAUUAAAGCUCAAGGAAAUAAACCUGAUAUUUCAUUUUUAAAAGAUAAUCCAGAAGCGCAAUUAAUGCUUCUUUUAGCUCUUUUAUCUAAUAAUAAUAAUAAUAAUCAAUCUACAAAUGACAAUUCCCAAAACAAUGAUCAAACUCCAACUUCUUCUUCUUCAGCUUCAAGUCUUCCCUCAGAUUUUAGUUCAAAUAUGGAUCCGGCAAAUGCUUCUACAAUGAAACAUGACGAUUUAGGACUUAAAAGAAAAAUGAAUAAUAGUUCAUCAAAAAAAGUAGGCAGGAAACCAGUAACAAGUGAAGAUGAAGAUUCAGAUGAUCCAAAAUCAAAAAGAAAAGCACAAAAUCGAGCUGCACAAAGAGCAUUCAGAGAAAGAAAAGAGAAUCACAUUCGACUCUUGGAAGAAAGAGUAAAGGAAUUAGAAAAACAAAAUUUGAAUAAAAAUGUUGAUCUAUUGUUAGAAAAUAAACAAUUAAAGGAAAUGAUUGCACGUUUACAGAAUGAAAAUGCUGCUUUGCUUAACUCAGCGAUCGUUUCUUCAUUUGAUUUCCCGUUAUCGUCUGUAUCCAUAGAUUCAGAAGAAAGACCACAAAAGAUUAUUCGUUCCGCUAAUGAUGCGAAUACUUUACCUGUUAAUCAUUUAGAAUCUCCAGUUAGUAGUGAGCAAUCAAUAUCAUCCAAGAGUCAAUUAAACACACCAGAGACACAAUAUCAGUUAUCGAUUGAUGAUAUCUUGGGUAUCAAUAACACUAGUCUACCUUCUCAUACUUUGUUAGAUCAUUAUGACCUGUUGGGCUUAAAUGUUAAUAAAUUGAACGACUAUCAGAUACAAUUAGAAAAUCUGCUGAAUCAGUCCCAAUCUUCUUUUGCAUCUGAUCCAGCUCAAUUUGAUCUCUUUUAUCCCACUAAUAAUAAUAAUGAUGAUGAUGCAAAUGCGGCUAAUUCAGUCAUUACAACAACAAAUACUACAACUACAGAUAGUUCAUCACCUGAAGCGGAAACUAAACAAGAAGAACAUGAAGUGAAAGGCAUUACAAAUGUGUGGGAUAAAUUAUCAGAACACUCAAGAUUUAAUGAGAUUGAUAUGGAUGCUCUUUGUGAAGAAAUGUGCUCGAAGGCUAUUUUCAAAGACUCAGCUGAACAUGAUGAAGAAUUUGUAAAAUUAGUGCAUAAAUACUACCCUACUGAAUAAUUAUAAUAUAUGCAUAUACAUUUCAUUUACCUAUCAUACAUAGUUAGGCAAGUGAUACAUAUGGGCUUAAUCUUUCACCAAUUCGUGCUGCUUUCCAAAAUAAUCCAAGUACACUAACAAAAGGAAACAAUAAAUAUGAAUAUGAAUAUAUAUAAAAGAGGGGAAAUAAUAACUUACCCAGUUUUGUUUCUGUCUAAUAA